AUGAGCGUCGAAAAGUGGAAGUGGAGGAGCUCCUCGGGCCUCGCCCUCGGUCAGGCCACCUCCCAUCAAUAUGAUUCCGAAAAGGCCAUGAUGACGGAGGCGUCCGAGAGCAAGGCUCCCCGGGUCCUCACGCGGGCUCUCCGCUCCCUCAGCAGCUCCUCCAUGGACUCCAUCGCUGCCAACUCGGUCAGAAGCUCAUCCUCAACGCGCAGGCUACAGAAGACGCCCUCCAACUCCGGGUCCAUGAUUGGGCGACUGCACCGUCGCGUAUCCAAAGACUCCGGAGGCCAUGGGUCUCCCGCCGAGGCUCCCGGAAGUCCCAUCGAGGGUCCGCAGCCAUACUCGGCCAUGGAGGUCGUCCACUAUGGCCCCCUCAAGGCGGACAUUUCGCUCCUCAAGGCACGGGCAGAGUACCUCGUCCUGUCGGAUCACUGCUUGGUCAAGUUUAUCACUGUCGACGCCGCUAGGAACGCCUUCCCUCAGCUAAGCCAGACCAAGCCACAUGCAAAGGACGCAGGGCCUGUAUGCACAGGCAAAACCUCGUCCGCCGAUGUACGCCUGGACAUCCCGCUACGCUCCAUCGUCGCCGCCUUCAACGAGGAUUCGGCCCACCAUCGCUCCGGCAUCGAGGUAUGGUGGUUUUCCCAGUGGCCACGACUCGCCUACUGCAAAGCACAUCUGCAUUUCGCAUUGCCAAAGGAGAGAGACGACUGGCUGGCAGCCAUUCACCGAGCGUGUAGGGUGAGACUUCGAAAGAACCCCGCUGGCACUCUCAUCCCCGAGAACCUCGAGACCCGCGUCAAUCACAUCGUUCGUUCGGUGGAGGGCAUUGAUGGAGAACAUCAGAACCUCGUAUUCCCCGUCGCGAGACGUGUCUUCGGACAGACUCAGAGGGCAUCCAGCGCCGACGAAACCCACGACCACAACGACUCGUCGUCGUUUUACUUCAUCAUUGGACCCUGUAUGUGCCACCUGAUCGAGGUGCUCAAGGCCGACCACUCGACGCUCCCUGGCGACCUGCGAGUCAAGGCCGUCUCGUACGGCACCGUGACCCUCACGCGGUUCAAGGCCUCGGUGGCCUCGCACGAGCAGCGCUUCAUCAUGUGCUUUCGCUCACCUUUCGGCCGCGAGACUCGACUUGACCUGGCCAGCGUUCAGUAUCGGCGUAUCAUCGAGGCGCUCAUUAAGGCCGACCGCAACCUGAAGCCGAUGUGGCCUCAGUCCCUGCAGCACACCAUUUUUGAGGUCAAGGGUCUUCCGCCCCCUCUUCAACUUACCAAGGGCAACGACCUUGGCGGCCUCGAAAGCAGCCUCCAGGCAUACUGUGCCGCAUACCAGGUCCAGGUGCCCGCGUGGAAGAUUGAGUGGAAUGCCCCGCCGCACCCCGCGUUUCGCCUGCUCCCCCCUGAUGGCGCCGCCUACUCACCGUUGCAGCUGCUCGCCGUCUUCCGCGCGCUGAGAUACAACAGCUUCUUCAAGGCACUCUCCUUUCGCGAUGUUGACCUGUCAUCGCUUGCUGGCAAGAAUGACUAUUCCCAGUAUGGAGACGGCGUGGCGUACAGAUCGUUGAGUUCUAUGACUAUUUCGGAAGAUCAUCAUGAGAUCCUUCUCCAGGCGACCAUCCUCGAGCAGGAGAUCCAUGCGCUGACUUUCACCUCCGAGUCUAUUCGGAGCAUCGACCUGACCAAUACGCUCGGGCUGCAGACCAGCCAGAGACUGAGCCGCUUGCAGUAUGAUCAUGAGGCACUGUGCAAGAAGAGCUCCGAGUUGUUGAAGCCUAUCUUGAUGCUUUGGAGGCUGCAAAUGUCCGUCUGCCAAGGCAUUUCCAUGUCCGGCAACCCCAUCUCUCUGGGCGACAUGGACGAGCUUGCAAAUCUGCUGGCGCUGGACUACGUGCACAUCAAGAAGCUCCACCUGGCGAAAUGUGCUCUCGGGGACGCUGGAUUGUCGCAGCUCUGGGGAGCCUUGGGUAGCCAGGCUUACUCCUUGGAGUGCCUCGACACUUCGGAUAACCAAGGCAUUGUCCGAUUUGACAUCAUUCAGAGAGCCCUCAAGAAGCUGCAGAGAUUAGUCUCGCUCAACAUCGCCGGAAACACACGUAUCAUGUCGGAUGCGUCACUAUUCGACGGCGAGACAAUCAUGAAGUGGGCACUCCAGGAUCUGAACCUAUCUGGAAUCAUGCUCAAUGAUGCCACGGUGGACGUCCUUGCUGCUUACCUGGGCACUUACAACUCGCAUGGUCUGCAGCUCGUGCGCCUCAACAAUUGCGGCCUGACCGGGAAGCAGAUCUCGCGUCUUUUCCGCAGUAUGGGGCAAGCGCGGCGGCUGACCAUCCACCUGAACGGGAAUCGCUUGGAUGAGGGCAUUGACGACCUCUGCAGUGCAAUUGCCAACGGCUAUGGGCCCUGGAGCGUGUUUCUGCAGAUGAUCGAGUUUGCCUCUGAGGCCAACUACAUCAAGCUGUUGCGCGCUCUGACGGUGAAUAAGACCAUCGAAUGCCUCAGUCUGGCCGGAACUGCCACCCCUGACUCGGCAAGCGGAGUCGCCUGCCAGGCCGUCUCCGAAUUCUUCUCGAAGAAUGACACUGUGCGAUUCCUGGACAUAUCCGGGUACGAUUCAAAGCUGGACGAGGGCCGACUUGGCAGAGAAUUCUCCAAAGCCUUGAGUGGUAUGCGAUCAAACACGCGCAUCGAGCACCUCCGAGUGCGAAGCCAGAUGCUGAACAUCAACAUCGGAGACCUUGCCGAGGCUAUUUCCGGCAACAAGGCUUUGCAUACGCUUGAUUGUGAAGGAAACGACUUUAACCUGUCAAACUUUCGCCACCUUAUCAAGCACCUGGAGGACAGCACCACGAUUCGAUACUUCUCGGCAUUUUCGGCACAAGAGCUGUCCCGUGCGAUCCGCAAGUCCGUAGAGACAGCAGGCGCACCUACACCAAUUAUGCGGCGGUCAUCCGUCAUGGCGAGAUUCCGGUCCGAGAAGGUCCAGCCCGGAACCGGAAAGCCGCUGGUGCAGCAGCUCAGAGAUGAGUGGGAUGCCGCAGUGGCCGAUUUGGAGCGCGUGCUCCAAAGAAAUCAACAGAUACUGCUUGACAAGGAGGAAUCUGAUGAUGAGACUGUGAUACAGUUGAGCGGGAGACUCGGCGAGGUGGAGAAUGCCUUCUCGGAAGCCUUCGGAGGACUCGCACGUAGGGAGUUCGAGUCCCGAAGAGCCAAGAGCUCGCAAGGAUCUGCUUCUCCUCAGCGUCGCCACAUCUCGGUAUCAGCGCACCCAAGCUCAACCGACAUUGUCGGACAGAGCAUUGCCCGACCUGUGUCUACGGUCUCUAGCGAGGUGGCCAUCAGCCCGACCACGGAUGGGGCGAGCACGGGCGGCAUCCCGAGCCCGCCUGAGCUGGAGAGCCCGUCGGACAAGGACUUUAGCCUUGCAGACGUGCAGAGAGCUCUGGCUGCGUUCGGGGCGUAUGGGGACGCCCGAGACAACAACUACACAUAUUCGGAGGCGCCAGACGCCGACGGAGGACUACAGAUGAAGAGAUUCAGACGAUACUGGGGUAGCACGACUACCCGGAUUGACGAAGAGGAUGGAGGGACGGGUGACGGGGCAGAAGACGAGUCACCCUGA